AUGCGCAUCCCCUACACGCCCAACCCACCCCACGCCUCGACGGAAGCCGAGGCGGCAAUCAUCGCGCGCAUCUCGGCGCGCCGGGCGCCGCGCCCCCUGCAGCCCCUCGACCUGGCCCUGCUGCACGCGCCCGAGGUGGCCGACGGGUGGAACUCGUUCCUCGGCGCCGUGCGCACGCGCACCUCGCUGGGCGCCGCGGCGCGGGAGCUCGCCAUCUGCCGCGUCGCGGCCUGCAACGCCGCGUGGUACGAGUGGGCGCACCACGCGCCGCUGGCGGUCGCGGCGGGGGUGAGGGCGGAGGCUGUCGAGGGGCUGGUCAGGCGGAAGGAUCUGGUUUUGGCUGGGGAAGGGGAAGGAGAAGGAGAAGAAGGGGGGUGGGAGGAGGCGAGGGGCUUGGGGCUGGGUGAGGUGGAGUGGGCGGUGCUGAGGUACGCGGACGAGAUGACGAGGCUGGUGAGGGUCAGUGACGGGGUGUUCGCGGCGCUGAGGAGGGUUUGCAGCGAGAGGGAGGUCGUGGAGGUUACUGCUACUGUCGCUGCUUAUAACUGCGUCAGCCGGUUCCUAGUCGCUCUCGAUGUCGGAGAGAAGAAUGAUACUGGGCCUGAUAGUGCUACUGGUGGUCAUUAA